AUGGUAGAUAAGAAGAGCAAAUACAUCGUUUCUUCUCGAGACAAAAUGUCAUCGAUUGGUAGAUAUACAUUCAUCUGUAUUAAAUAUGGUUAUAUUAAUGGCCACAUUAAUAGGCGAUACAGCAAGGAAUUUGCACGAGAGUUUCGCGAGCGAAUUUCUAAAAUACGCCGACGAAUACAACGUGCACCCUUUGCCUAGAACAGUAGUAAGUGUCUCCUUAAAAUUCACUUUUCUAUAAUAGAAUUAAAAAGUGAACUUUUGUUUGAGAAAAAAAUUUAUUGAAAGUAGCAGAGCUUUAUGGACCUUCGUGCGUCUAGCACGUUAUUGACAACGUUCGAAAAGUAAUUAUUUCUAAAAUAAAAAUACUUCCGUAAAAAUAAAAAUUAAAAAAUAUACCCACCGUUUCCACUGAUUUAAGUUUAUUUAAAUAGCUAAACGGAUAUAAACUUUCAUUUUAAGAACCGAGGACGAUGGCUCUCCGAUCAUUCAUGUAAUUUACUCGAACAAGAAGCUCGUGAACGCAGUAAAAGUUGAGAGCAAAGAUAAGUAUCAUUUAAAAUAAAAUUUUCUUUCUAAUUAAUACAAUCCACGUGUAUUUACGCAAGUAUAUUUACGCAUGAAAAUCCAGCAACUGAAAUACACGGAUAUUAUUUGAUUUCGUUUUCGUUUUGUUACACGCCGUGAGAUAUCCAUCUGUUUAUUAGACGCACUGAAUUCUACCAUGCAAAAAUAUAACACCGUCACAGUGUUGAAGUAAAUUGAAAAUAACCUGAUAAUAAAGAUAUCUGAUAGAUAAAGAAACGAUCCAAAUGUUUCAACAGGCUACCAAAUUGUAACAUAAAUGCAUUUGGCAUUGUGCAAAUUGCGGAAAUGAUAACGAGUAUCAGAUGUGUGCAAGAUUUAAAUUUAGACAUGAAUCCAAACACGCAGGAAAAUUAUCAUUUGCUCUGCGCACCUGGAGGAAGUUUGAAGUAUUUGUCACUGAGACUUUGUAAAAUAAGCGACGACGGUGUGAGGAAAAUUGCGCAUGAAUUACGACACCGUGACCCACCCGAUAAUCCUAAAUUAAUUAUUUUAAACUUGGCUAACAAUCAUAUAACGAAGGAUGGCGCGGGUCACGUAGGAAAAAUGCUUCGAACGAACAGAUCUUUAAGGUGUCUGGUUUUACUUGGAAAUAGGAUAUGCGAUGAGGGCGCGUGUUUAAUAUUACAGGAACUUAAAUUGUACUACAAAUUGCUCGAAUUAAUUCUACAAGAUCAAAACGAUACUAGAAUAUGAAAUGUGUCAUCCUCAUGAGAAAGAGAGCCUCCCAAUAAAUGGAAAGAUGAUGGCAAUCGGAAAUUUAGAACUUCAAUACUUAGAUUUGAGCUGUGAAUACCACUCUCGAUUUAUUAAUAUUCAAUCAUUUAACGAACGAUAUUUUACAAGAAAUGGCAAACUGCCUGUAUUAUCAGAAUUAUAUGUUACUUGGGGACAGGAACAAAGGUCUUUUGUACAUUCUCAUCGAGGGUGGAGACAUUAGAAAACAAGCUAACAAAGAUUGGAAUAGAUUCGACGAACUUUUAAGACAAAGACAAAGUGGAGAACGUCUGGCAGACGAUGCUUAUCGAGGAUUCGUCUCGCAAGAAAGCGAAAUCCUUCGGCGUAGUUUCAGCUCAUCUCUCGCAUAAUUAUUAAUAAAAUAUCGACGAAUAAUUUGCGAAUGUUUUAUCUUUAUAAUUAACUGAAAAUAAAAAGAGGAAGUAGAGAUUUUCUUUACAUUCUGAAUAUUAUGAAGAAUUUAUUUUAUACAGGUGUAUAUCAAAUUAUAUAUACUCAUACAAAAUGA